AUGAUGCCACCGGUGCAAGCCGACGGGCGGCCCGCUCAGGUCACGAGGAAGGGCCAGGAGGCCUCCGGGAAAGCCAAGGCCCUUGAUCAAUGGAAGCAGCUCCUGGGCGACUCGGCGGACCUCUAUCGCAGCCUUCAAGAGGCCAAAUAUUCUCAGCAGCUGCUAGCACAGAGCAUACACCCUUUCACAGCAGGCACGCUGGAGACCUACUUGUCCGCCUGCAGACAAUUCACGGAGUACGUCAUACUCAAUAGCCUCGAUAUCAGCUCUAUUUCAGUCGCUAGCCUUGGAGACCUCUUAUGGGCCUGCCACUCCAGCCUGGAGGAGGAUCGAGAGGUUUGUCGCACCGAGGUGGGGCUGAAGGAGUCGCGAGUCGAUCAGGCCACCACCCAGACUGAGGUUCAGUGCAGCUGCAUCUGCGAGUGCAAUCAGAUUCCAAUUUGGUUGGUCCGCGCAGCCCUGACAUCUAGGGAUCGGAUACUUGAUUGGUACUCCGACGACGACACAUGGCACGAGCGAAUCCUGGUGUGGAAAGGACUGUCCGAGCACGGUUGGUACAUCCUCACUCCCGACUUGGAUCUGUACGAGCAAAGCUAUGCGCUGGAUGGAAGGGAAGGGCCUGCUGAGUUUAAGAUCAAAGGGACCCACUUCACUGUCUACUCGAGAAUGCGAGCCCCUGUGUAUAAGUUUUCUGCAGACCCAACGGAUGAUGAGAUGAGAGGAUAUAUCGAAACUGCGCUUGAUGAGAUGGGAAUAGAGACAGUUGCCAAGGACGCUUGGAGGCCAAAGGAAGUGAAGGUCGGCAGGCGUGUGGUGGCCACCUCGGUCAUGCUAGGCCGGCGUUUCGUGCCCCGCCGUGUCACGCGGGGACUGGGAGUCUUGGAAGAGCCAGCCAGGGACCCCGGCAUGGCUUUUGGACACCUGACAGGAGCCUUGGUCGAGCAGAUCGGUGAGCUCAAGGCAGCUCCGGACGGAUACAUGUGGGCGGCUUUCCGUCCUGGUCUAAACUGCGCCAAGCCGGAGGCCUUUGAGGUAGCCGUUGAGCCGGGCAAGGGUGUGAUGUUCGACGACAAUGUUGGGGUGAUCCAUCAGGCCUUCAAGAACCAUCGGCAAGGGAGCAGUGCCUUCGAUUGGGAGAAGAGAGGGGACGUAGAUUACAACGCUGCAGGAGAGCGCCACAAAGACUGGCCCCUUGACGGGCCGCUGUCCACGGCUCACUUGAUUCGUCAUUUUGACAAGUUCGGUGGAGAUCCAAAGCGGUGGCUCAGUGAAUGGAUGCGAGCCAAGCAGGUCGGAGAAGGCGACCGUGUUGCUUUUGAAAUGCGAACCUUGGUGGACUGCUUGUACGUCGCAGGCUGUUACGACCAAGUGAACAUCCCCGCACUGGCCAGCAUGGAGAUCAUUUCACGAAGAUUCCAGGCAAUAGUGGACUCAUUUGCGGCCGGGACCCCGGGCAAUCCAGAUUGGAGCAGUGCGAGAGUCAUCACCGGGUAUCGUGGAGCUGAUGAUGCUAUUUCUCCUUCCCUACGCUCUUGGGCCGCGAGAAAGAAUAAAGAGGAGGUUGACCUUGCAGCUUCCCGAGCCCGAGUUCGUGAUCACCGGCGCGGUCUCCAGGUUACCGAGAGUGCGGCGGCUGAUGCGGUGAAGGCCGGUAAGGGCAAGGGCCGAGGGCUGGCGGCCCCGGAUGGACGGGAUCUCUUUCCUUUGCCUGUGCCACCUGAGGUGCGGAGGGUGAAGGCGGUGAGCCGCAGGAGUUCCCAGAAGAUCGGGCUUGCAGUGCAGGACAAUCGCAGGUGUCGUGAGGCCGUGAUGGCCCUCAAUCAACUUGCAGGUUUCAAAGAACCGAGGAAUUCAAACUUUUAUCCUGAUGAUCUUCAACAAGAAGUGCUUCAUCGUGUUACUUAUCUCUCUGGUCUUUGCCAAGACGUUGGUAGUCUGGGUAAGGUGCCAGGGCCGGAGGCAGCCCUUUCGGCGCUGCUCCGUGGUAGGACCGAGUACGGCUCUGUCCUGCCGACAUCAUUGGCGACCUGCUCACUCGAGCGUAUCUCCUUGCCCGAAGACGUUAGCGACGCCCCCCCGGUGGAGUCGCUUUCGGACGAGGAGACCCGUCGAUAUCUGCAGUGUCCUCAGCACAUGCUGAAGCCUGACGUUCAAGGCGCCUCGGACUUUCAGCCUUAUUGGGAUCCACUCCUUGGGAGGGACUACAGUCUUUAUAAACGUUUGAUUCGCAAGCUUGAUAAAGCUGGUCUCCUGGUCUACACCGAUACCCCUAAAUCCUUCUGUGGGAUCUUUUUCGUGAAGAAGAGUGAUGCGGUGCGACUUCGAUUGAUCGUGGACGCACGUGGCACCAACCAACUCUUUAGACCACCACCGGGAGUCGACCUGCUAACAUCCGAUGGCUUCGCGAGGAUUGAGUUAGUGCCGCCUCAUCAUUUGUCACCCGGCUCGAAGGAGUUCGCGGAGUUUUUGGAGCAACAGAAGAUUUCGAUUGGCUUGUCCGACGUCAAGGACUGCUUCCACCGCAUGAGGCAGCCACGCUGGCUAUCUGAUUACUUCUGUUUCGACCCGGUGCCGGCCGGUCUUGUUAAUCUAGCAGGAACCAUGAUGAACGGCCGACGAUUGGCCCCGGAGGACAUGAUCUACCCUGCAGGUGCCUCCUUAGCCAUGGGUUUUACCUGGAGUUUGUUCUUUGCGCAGCGAGUGUCUGAGCGCCUUAUCGCCCUGGCCCCAUCCCUCUCAUCGUCGCAGCUGGUCAAUGUUCCGGGUGCUAUCAAAAGGCUGCUCCAUAGGAGCCCGUGCACGCCGGCUUGUUGCCGGCAGAUGGAUAGUGAGCAGGGCUUUGUCUGGCCGGGGGACGACUGUCCCGAGCCUCCCGACCGCGGGGACGGCGAGUCCGACGGUGCUGUCGCAACCCAGCGCCUCGCCUUCUUUGCUGUUACCUUGGGCCUCGCCGACUUGUCCCCUCCCGAGUUUGCGAAGUAUCUGCCCGAUGCAAGUAGGCCGCGAAGCUCGGCGAAGCCUGUACAUCCUAGCCUCGACUUCAAGGCAGGCCACGCCGCCGAACAGGCCAUCAGAGUGCUUGACGACGAUGACUUCGAGAAGAAGCAGAUUAAGCUUAUGAACGCUUGUAUCGCAAAGUGGCAUGUCAUUGCUUUGAGGUAUUCGGAUGUAUUUGAAUUGCCUCGGCCUUCGGACGAGGAGAUCUCGGCAAUGAUGGGCACUCGGUCAGUACAUACUGUGCUUGCCAGGGCAGGGUCCAUGCUCCAGUUCGUCAGGUGGUGUGACACGGUGCGUGGUAGCAGUGAUUCCAUGUUCACUGAUGAAGCCUACUGGGGCUAUCUGCAGUUCCUCAAGACGAGUCGUGCAAGUGCUUCGAGAGGAUCAUCUUUCCUCUCUGCAGUGAGGUUUGCUUGGCAUGUCAUGGAUCUCACAAAAAUCUGCGGCUCGCCGUCACGGCGAUGUGUGGGCCUUGCAGAACAAAUGUCUGCUGAAAGAGGCACGCUGCGCCAGUCGGCGCCUUUGUUAGUGCAACAGGUGCUGCAGCUGCACCACAUGCUGCAUAGUGGCCUUGUCUCCAAGCUCGAUAAGGCUUUUGUUGCAUACAUCUUGAUUUGCUUGUAUGCCCGUUGCAGACAGAGCGACCUGGCAAAAGUGUCCUACGUUGAAGUGGAUAUCUCAGAUUCAGGACUUGAGGGAUACGUCAUCUUUUACACGCGUCAGCACAAAACUGCGCGAGCUGCUCGAAGGUUGUCGCAAAUGCUGCCCAUCCUUAUGCCAGUCUGUGGCAUCGACGAUCAAGAGUGGUUCUUGACAGCGCGGCGUGCCAUGGAGGACAUAGGCCUUAGUCUGGAGGGAAACAUUGGUGGACCUGUGUUUCGGCCUCCGAUUGAUUUUGUCGAGGGUAGGCUGGCCCGGCGGGGAAUCACAUCAGAGGAAGUUUCUGCCUUCUUGAAGUUAGUUGUGCCGAGCCAUGACGGGGUCUCUCGCAUUGCAUCCCAGAGUCUCAAACGCACAAUGCUCGCUUGGUCGAGCAAGGCCGGCUUGUCUAGUGAGUCUAGGGCCAUUCUUGGCAGGCAUGCAAAAUCCGUUGAGAGCUCUGAGGCCAUUUACAGUGUUGAGCUCGGGCUUCCAGCUGUGAAGCAGCUGGAAGGCAUCUUGAGGCAGGUGCGGGACAAAGAAUUUAGGCCGGAUGCGAGCCGUGCUGAUAUGUGGCGGUUCCCACCAUCGCCGCCCGCAACCGUUGCUGGAGCCAAAGUGUCGAAGCCGUUGAUCCCUUCUGUGGAGGUCAAGUCUGAGUCGGAGGCCAGUGAUUCGGAGUCCUCAAGUUCGGAAGAGUCCAGCGGAGGCCAUUCUGAUAGCUCCGAUUCUUCCAGCGGCAGCCCUACUGGAUCCAAGAGGCGUCCUCAGGCCGAGUCUCAAAGACUCAUCCCUUCGGAAAAGGGUGGAGAGUGGGUCGUGCACAAGCGGUCGCACGUGUGGCAUUGGACGUAUGGUGUCAACAUGUUGAUGUGUGGCCGAAAGCGAAGUCACAUGUACGUUCUCUCUGAUAAGGGAGUGCCAUCCGGGCCGGAAGACAGUGAUUUGAGUCACAUGGUGACGGACAGAGCAAGGGCUCAAGACCAAGGGGCGUUCAAUCAAUUCGAAAAGGACACCAUCCCCCGCGCAUCGGGGGCCGACUCAGCUUGUCUCCGUCGCCUCAUUUUUGAGGCUCAGACUUUAGUGCUUGCUGAUUUGCGACAGCAGAUUAACGACCCUGAUGGAUCAUCAAAGAAGGUUCCGGAGGCUGAGCGCGAACAGCGCUUAGCUUCAUUGCGGAAGCAAUUACCUGGGCUUCUCAUUGAGGGGCCAACGGAGCCAGGGCGGGCCCUCUUAGAUGAGUGUGCGAGCCAAGAAAGUGCGUGCCAGCUUAAGUACAUCAGCCCAGACCGCUGCAUCUCUAGGACCUUUGAAGUCACGAAUUACAAGAAGACUCCGAGGCAGCUUGAGUUAGAUGCCAAUCAUCUUGUGGUAAAGAAUCAGGAGGAUGAGCUCACCAUGCCCUCACACUCCGCGCUUCAGGUGCAGGAGGCCUUCCUUCGGCGAGGCCUUGCAUAUGUCUUUAGCCAGAGUGUGUCCUUUGAUGCAUAUUCGAGGUACCUCUCGAAAUUGUUCUCGCAUAUCCAUCGCGAGCCGCCCCCGAACCAUGCAAGAACCUCUGUGGCACAGCUUGUCGAGGCCGAUAAGCUGGUCUGGACCAGGCUCAUCGAGAGAGGUGUGAAGCCACGAAAGGAUGCCACCGGGGCCUUCCCCUUGGACUCAGAGCUUAUGCAAGCUGCUUUGGAGAGCUAUGAAGUGUCCUUCAGACUUAUGCCUCUACGAAGUGGGUCCAAAUGGGAGCCUCGCAAAAGGUUCAAAGGUGCAGGCAAGGAUGGCAAGGACGCCAACAAAGCCCCAGGGAAAGGUGACCAGCUGUGCUGCUCGUACAACCUUCAAGGGGACAAGUGCAAGUGUGCUGUAACUUGUGAUGCCGAAACUUUUGCAGCUCGCCUCUUGAAACGAGCGGGCGCCUUUUAUGCUGGCAUGUACCGCAAAGGCAAUGGCAUCUCGGGCCUUCGCAAAUCCUGUCGGGAAUUCCCCUUGUCUGUCGCUGCCAUCAAUGCGUUCAUGGCCCAUGCUGUGCCUACAGCUUCUUACAAUGCAUUUGCCAUACUUGACAAUGUCGCUUCCCCUGCACACCGUGACCUGCAGAAUGAACCGGUGGCCAGUCAUGUGCUGGCCCUCUCUGCUUUCGCAGGUGGGCGCAUCUGGGUGCAGUGCCCCCGAGGGGCCGUCUGCCGUCGUGUUGCUGGGGUUAACACUUCUGGCAAAGUGCUGAGCCUUGAUAAAGGCCCUGUGCAGCUGGAUGCUGCUUCGAGUUUGCACUCUACUGAACCUUGGCAGGGUGAUCGUGUGAUCCUGUCUUGCUACACCUUGAAAGGCUAUGACCUCUUGACGUCUGACCAGUGCAACAGCCUCCUGCAACUCUCCUUCCCCUUGCCCUUGCAGGUUGGGCAAUGCGCCCGCCCGUCACCUGUGGACUAUGCGGCCUUGCGCGCCGCCACUAGUAUACAGCCCAAAGCAAGCAAGACGGUACCCUUGGUGCCGGAACAUCGUGCUGUCAUCGUUGUUCGAGGCCCGGCCCAACUGCUCCAGCCUCCCUGUGUCCUCAGACAACGCCUUGAAGCUGACUGGGCGGUGCCGACAUCAUGCACGUGUGCCUGGCCUUCCAUUCCGAAGUAUUCCCAACUUCUUCGGAGUGACUUGCUUGAUGCUGACGUUAAGGAGGGAAGUUCUGGGAAGGUGCUUGAACUUGCCUGGGGGAUACCUUUCUCGCCAUCUGAGUUUGUAGACUGCGCAGUGGCUGCAGGCCACCCCUCCCUGCUCGAAGCGCUAAGGGUGCUCAAGGAGUGGUCCCGCAGGGCAAAGGACCUUGAGAAGGAUGAGAAAGCCUUUAGAAGUUCCUUUCACCCCGAGGUUCGACCGAUCCUAGCCCCUAAACGCCUUCUCCUCUUUAAGAGCCUCCUGCAAGAAUAUGGUUACCCGGAUUUAGAUGCCUUCAAUGAGCUCGUCAGUGGAGUCAGCUUGACCGGGGAUGCUCCACACACUGGGAUCUUCAAUGCGGCGGAGCGGCAUGCUUCUAUGACUGAGGCCGAACUCAAAGCAAAGGCGAAGGUCAUCCAGCAGGAGGUACUUGGAAAGGUCACCAGUCAAGGAAGUGAGAUUGAUGCGAUCGUGAAAGAGAAGACGGUGGAGGAAGUGCAAAAGGGUUGGCUUGUAGGCCCCUUUGAGAUUGAGGACCUGCCCGAGCAUGCCAUCAUAAGCAAACGUUUUGGUCUGCCACAAGCUUUUGGAAAAACCAGCCUCAUCGAUGAUUUCUCAAUUUCGCAUGUCAAUGAAUCUGUCGGGGCUGGUGAAUCACCGAAGCCGCAUACCGCAGAUGUGCUCUGCACAAUGACCCUUCAGUCCAUGAGGGCCUUUCCUGGAAGAAAGUUCGUGGGUCGUGCCUACGACCUACAAGCAGCCUGUAGGCAAGUCCUUGUCCAUCCCUCAUCCUCUUGGGCUUCGUAUGUUGCAUAUUAUGACUGUGACGAGAAGAGGCCUCGCAUUUACAGGUGUCGUGCUUUACCGUUUGGAGCAACCAAGUCAGUCUACGGAUUCCUUCGCAUAUCGCACGCCUUAUGGUGGCUGGGAGUGGUGGCGCUAAAGCUGGCUUGGUCACUAUAUUAUGACGACUUUGUCGUCCUCUCCGAAUCCUGCCUUGCGAGCAAUACCAACAGUUCAAUCCAAAUCUUCUUCACUCUCCUUGGGUGGGCCUUUGCGAGGGAAGGCUCGAAAGCCGAGCCGUUUGGUGAGCUUGUAACAGCAUUGGGCGUUCGGCUGUCCCUUGCUAGUUUCCCUUCGGGCCGUGUGGAGCUGUGCAACACUGAGUCCCGCACCAACGAGUUAUGCACGUCUAUCCGUGCGAUCAUGGACGUUGGUACGUUGACCAAAAGUGCAGCACUAAAACUCCGUGGAAGGAUGCAGUUUGCUUGUGGGCAGGUUUUCGGUAGGUUGGCCAAGGUUUGCCUCAAGCAUCUCACUGAUUUUGCUUACGGCGAUCUGCCUCCAAAUGUGCCUGCUAAUCUUCUUCAUGCGCUUCAGGGGUUUUGCGGGGUCCUCAAGGAAGCUUCUCCUAGACUGGUGCAGGUCAUGCGACAGGAACCGAUGUUUGUGUUCACCGAUGCUUGCUUUGAGCCCUCGGCAUCGGACUGGAAGUGUGGCAUUGGCGGUGUCUUGUUCAAUCAUCGAGGUGAUCUUAUCGGGUCCUUCUCUCACUCCCUAUGCGCUCGGCAUCAAGACCUUCUUGGUGCGCAGGUUCAAAAGACGAUAAUCUUUCCCGCCGAGCUUCUAGCCCUCCUUUGUGGAAUGAGGCUAUGGCUGCCGGCCCUGAAGGGGCGACCCACUGUAUUCUUUGUAGACAACAAUUGCGCUCGUGACGUUUGCAUCUCUGGGUCAGGCCGCGCCGCUGUCAUCAAGGCCCUGUUGCAGGUGCUUCUCAAGGAUGAAGAAAGUGCGGGCAUUGCUUCGUGGUAUCAGAGGGUUGCAGCUGCGGCAAUUGGGUAUGGAAGCUACUAUGUUCCGGUUAGAAAGUACGACGUGUACGACGGUCUGGUGUAUCAGUGGUUCUUCUGCUGCGGGAUUCUCAUUGGUGCGCUGGUGGUGGCAGUGGCCAGAAAUGAUUGGCAGGCUGAAGGCAUGAGUAGCAGUGCCUUCUACGUCGCUCCCCAUGGCCUAUUGUCUGGCCUGCUGUGGUCCGUUGCCAAUGUGUGGGCGACGAGGGCAGUCCAGUACUUCGGCAUCGGCAACUACUACAUUUGGCACGAGUUGACCAACCUAUUCGGCACCUUCGUGAUCGGUGUCUUCGGACCCAGCCUGGGUAUUCCGGCAAGGCCGCCGCGUGUGGAGUGGCUCGCUGGCCUCGGCUUCAUCUGUGUCUUCCUUGGCAUGAUCCCGGUCGUCUUCAUGAGUGAGAAAAAAGAGGGCUCCUCGAACUCUGCUGCCAACCCGCCGACGGAGACAACGAGCUUGGAGACGCUUUUCCGACAAGAGCUGCAGGAAGGCUCCGGCUCGACGUCUCCGAACCACACCUGGACCCUUCCGGAGGUCCUCCAGGUGGCCCAAGAGUCCUUUGCUGCAGCCAAUGCGCUGACUUGGGACGGCACCAUAGGACGACCCGAUGUCCAACAGCUGCGACGCCUCCGAUUUGCAUCGGACCCGCUGAAGCUCGACAGCCUUGGCUGCUCCGGUGGACUGCCCAUCGCAGCGUCGCCCAUCCUCGAGGAGGCCGAGCCACAGGUUCCAAGCAGCGCGGGCCGGGCCUGGCUCAAGGGCUGGCUGCUGUCUCUGGUCACCGGAUUGGUGUUAUCUCUUCAAUACGAACCCAUGCUGCCGUGGAAGCAAAGCCUUGAAGCGCGCGGCUUCAAGCCCUCCGGGGUGGACUACGCCUUCUCCAACUGCCUAGGCAUUUUUCUCUGCUCCACGGCCUAUCUGCUUAUAGCAGGCGGCUGGAAGAGGCUCACGCGGCAACCGCUGCAGAAGCCGGUUCUGCGGCCCGCACUACUGGCCGGCGUCAUGUGGACCCUGGCCUCUUACUUUCAGCUCUAUGCGAUGACGCAGCUGCCGUAUGCAGUUGCCUACUGCUUGAUCGUGGGUGGAGGACUUGCUGUAAGCCUGCUCUGGGGCACCCUCUUGUUUGGGGAGGCGGAAGGGGUGCACAACAAGAAAUGCUUAGCCCUGGCCUUCCUCGGAGUCUUUCUUGGACUGGUGCUCCUUGGGAUCGCCGCUUGA